AUGCGAUGUUUAGUGCUUCUUCCGUAUCGCGAAACACUUGAGCUUGGUGUCCAGUCCAAAGAGGAGGACUACGAAACCAUCCUCUCCACUCUUUCACGCGACAUCCAAUCACGUCAACAAAAACUCGCUGAUCGCUUCCCGCGCGGGGUAGCAUUGACCACCAGUCGUUGUCGGACCAUUGAUCUGUGGUAUGCACGCAAGGAGGCCUACGAAGAGAAGACGCUCCAACACCUCCUCAAGCAGCAACAGACGAAGGUGGAGGAGAUCAAGAAGAAGACAAACUACUACUCUCCGCGCGAUCUCUCAAAGUACGAUGAAUCGACUCCGCUGAACACGUGCACACCACCGCCUCCCCAGGGCCUCCACCAGCGAUUCAACCCCGCGCCAACCUAG